UGCUUGGGGAGGAACGUGGCUGUAGCCAUGGUGGAUGUGUAUCCUGGGCUUUUUCAUAGUAAAAAUAAAGAGUCUACUCCUGGCUGUGCAAGGGAGGCUGGAGCUGGACUCCAGUGCUUGCCCGGGGAUCUGACCAUCUUUCCUAAAAUUCGAGAGUGCCUGCCUGUAGCCUGGAGAGGCUCUGGAAAGCCUCGAGUGUCUCUCCUGAAAGGUGUAGCAGAAGUACACGUGUGUGCUGAAGCCUUAAUUUUCUUUGUUUGCGCUACUCUCCUUACCGUAAGGAGUUUUGAGGUGCAAACAUAAGAAUUGCUGUUAAAAAAGAGUAGUUAUCUCAGAGGGGGAACAUCAUCUGGCACCACCAGGAGGUGAACUGAGGCUGUGUCUGUGGGGCUGCCUCUCAGCAGGAAACUUCUGCUCUGCACAGGACAGAUACCCAUCUUCUUCCUCUGUCCCUGUGCACCAGGUAUCAUACCUUGCAGGUAAACUGAUUUUUUUAAAUUAUUUUUUAAUGCUAGAAAUGAAACAACCAGCUCCUCUGCUUUCUUUCUCAGAGGGAUGCUUAAGUUUCAGGCCAGGUACUUAGUUUCAGUAAGAAGUUUACAAAACCAGUUUUGUUAGUGCAUUGAAGUGUUUUGUUUUGUUUACUUCGGAGCUUCUGAAAGCAAAACUGCCAUAGCACAUGCCUUGGGUCUGAGACCUUAGAAAUGAGUCUAACAGGAACAAAGCUCAGUUUUGCUGUAUCUAAGUCAAGUUGAAAAGAGCCUAUAUGGUGAAACGUGUGGUUUAAAUGUUUUUAAUUUGUACCUUGAGUUUUUGAUAAAGUAACAAAUGAGAUGCUUUAAAACACUCUUUCCUUUUAAGCGUUCUUGAAGGUAGGAAUGUGCCCUGGCUGCUCCUUCCUUUCUCGUGUUUUCAUAAAAACUCCAUUAUAGACAACCUUUGUUCCCCCAAGUGUGCAUAUUUUUCAGAAGAAUUGUCUUUUCUGUGCUCUGCUGACCACUGGAAAACAGCGUGCUCGAAGCUGUUUGUCAAGUUGAACAUUAGUGGGUUUUUUUUCCUUUCAUUAUAAAGUUUCCCCUUAAAAGCGACGUAAUCGAUGGGUGCGAUGGUCUCAAUCCUCAACACGGAUCAGUCUCAGGAUCUUCCCUGUCCCUUUUCCAUCCUCUGUUCCUUUUCCUUGGCCUGGGCUAAGCACGUAGUAGGAAGCUACAUUUGCUUGUGAUGCUUUUUGACGAUGUCUCACCUAACAGCUCUUUGGGGUUUUACUGGCUUUUUGCUGCUGGUUCAGCUUUGAGGGUCCAAAACUCAGCAGUGUCUGCGUUUGGCCCGUCUGAACCACCACAGCCCCCCUCCGAGCUGUGGAGCAGCUCCCAACAGCAGCUCGGAAAUGGAGAACGCAGUGUCCAGAGAGAAUUGAAUCCUAAGUCAAUUAGCCCAACUGAUUUUCCUAGGACGCUGGAGAUAAGGGAUAAUGGGUGUCUUCCUCCUAAACGGAGAACCCUGAGGUUGAUCAGGACCUGCUCGUUCUUCGUUAAGCUCAAGUGAGGUGCCCUCAGCAGUGUGUUAGCUGGGAGGGAGAGGCUCUUCCAGUGCCAGGAAUGAAUAUCCUUGAAUGCUGAUGCUUCUUAAGUCUGCUGGUUGCCAGAGAUGGUGACUGAGGGCUCGGCACUUCCCCUGCCCUGCAGGAAGGUGCCCGACACGCACGAGUGUUGACAGUGACUUUCAUUUGUGUCUUUAAACCGAGAGGGUACAAGCAGACAGAGAGGAUUCAGCUAUCGGGCUGGGGAGAGUUAACUGUGGCGCUUGUUUCUUUUAAAACCCUUCUUCAGACUCUCUCUCUACCUGAAAGACCAUUUCUGCAGCGGGUAAGUACAUGUUUCUGAAUCCCUCCGGGGAGGCUGAAAGAUCUGAUGAAAGCUGAAGAAAAUACUGUGUGCUGCUAAACAAGCCCCACCCUUCUUCUUGACAUUGUUGUGUUCGCCCUUUGUUCCCAAGGAUGGCGAUGCCAGGGGAUUUGCUUACAGUUUUUCAGGCAGCUUGAGAAAAGCACAACGACAGCUGGGAGGCGGAAAAAUGUGGGAAUCUGCCUCGGAGUUUCUCCUUCGCUCUUUGCCCAAAUAAUCUUCACGGAGAGCAGGCAAAAAGCCAGGAAUGUAUUUGACCCAAGCUUUGACAUGUUUGUGCUCCGACUGCAAACAAGCCAACUCCACCUGUGAGACCGAUGGCGCGUGCAUGGUCUCCGUCUUCAACCUGGACGGCGUCAAACAUCACGUUCGGACCUGCAUCCCUGAAGCAAAAUUGAUUCCUGCUGGGAAACCCUUCUAUUGUCUGAGUUCAGAAGAUCUGCGUAAUACUCACUGCUGCUACUCUGAUUUUUGCAACAAAAUUGAUUUGAUGGUUCCCAGUGGACACCUGAAAGAUAAUGAACCUCCAUCAAGCUGGGGUCCUGUGGAGCUGGUGGCAGUGAUUGCUGGACCUGUCUUCCUUGUGUUUGUUGUCAUGAUCAUAGUGGUCUUUAUUUUUCAUCACCACCAACGGGUCUAUCACAACCGUCAGCGGCUGGACAUGGAAGACCCCUCUUGUGAAAUGUGCCUGUCGAAGGAUAAGACCUUGCAAGAUCUCGUCUACGAUCUCUCCACCUCUGGCUCUGGUUCAGGUUUGCCGCUUUUUGUCCAACGGACUGUGGCUCGGACAAUUGUCCUUCAGGAGAUCAUUGGGAAGGGCCGUUUCGGGGAAGUGUGGCGUGGCAGGUGGCGUGGAGGCGACGUGGCUGUAAAGAUCUUCUCUUCACGUGAGGAGCGGUCCUGGUUUAGGGAAGCAGAAAUCUAUCAAACCGUGAUGCUGCGACACGAGAACAUCCUGGGGUUCAUCGCUGCCGAUAACAAAGAUAACGGAACGUGGACUCAGCUGUGGCUCGUCUCCGACUACCACGAGCACGGGUCUCUCUUCGACUACCUGAAUCGAUACACGGUGACUAUCGAGGGCAUGAUCAAGCUCGCCCUGUCUGCUGCUAGUGGGCUGGCCCAUCUGCACAUGGAGAUCGUGGGUACUCAGGGAAAGCCUGGGAUUGCUCACAGGGACCUGAAAUCCAAGAACAUCUUGGUGAAGAAGAACGGCACGUGUGCCAUCGCUGACCUCGGCCUGGCCGUCCGGCACGACUCGGUUACGGAUACAAUUGAUAUUGCACCAAAUCAAAGGGUUGGAACCAAACGAUACAUGGCCCCUGAAGUCCUGGAUGAAACCAUUAACAUGAAGCAUUUUGAUUCAUUUAAAUGUGCUGAUAUCUAUGCCUUGGGCUUGGUCUACUGGGAGAUUGCUCGGAGGUGCAAUGCAGGAGGUAUCCACGAAGAGUAUCAGCUUCCCUACUACGACCUGGUACCCUCUGAUCCUUCUAUCGAGGAGAUGCGGAAGGUCGUAUGUGAUCAGAAAUUACGGCCCAAUAUCCCGAACUGGUGGCAAAGCUACGAGGCGCUGCGGGUGAUGGGUAAGAUGAUGCGGGAGUGCUGGUACGCCAACGGGGCGGCUCGGCUCACCGCCCUCCGCAUUAAGAAAACCCUCUCACAGCUCAGCGUCCAGGAAGAUGUGAAAAUCUAAAGUUCUGAGCCCCCAGCAGGAGGAAACUGCACAAAAGUUGCCAUGCUAGAGUAGACAUGUGACGGAGGCCUACCUCGUGUUUCUGCCCAAUCUACUGCUACCAACCAGACAGCAUGACCUACAGGCUGCUCGGUGGGGUGACGGAGCCCUAUUGGAUAGCUCUUUGCCCUGCUUGGGUAUGAAACAAUCAGAAACCUUUUAUGAUCACCUCCUGACAGUGUGAAGACUCGAGAGGGACUUAAACCUGAGGGAUCUCAGCCACGAUCGUAAUCCUUGUCUCUUUAACGGAAAUCCCUGUAAAGUUGAGCGCGCGGCGCAGCCCUCGGCCGCAGUUGGGGCCGGGGUGUGAGGUGCUGGGAGUGGGAAGGGAAAGGGAAAGUUUUUCUUGCCGUGUUCUGAGGAUUUUUUUCCAGGGACUGGCGGCACGUUCAUGCAGAAAAAGCGUUUGCAAAAACAAAUGGUGCUCCCUUCUGAGAGGCUGAGCCUGAACAGUUUAUCAGCUUCACGAAACCGUUUCCCUCCUUUUUCUUAAGCUUGAAAAAACCCGAAGUCGAAGCCCAGGACUCUGACUGGCUGUCAGUGUGUGCAGUGGUGUAUGCAUGCGCGAGGCGCGCGUGUCCCCCGUGCCUGUUCAUCUCCUCCCCUCGAUGUGCGGUGUCUGCCCGUAGGGUGGCUCAUCUCUUGUUCGUGCUUUCUGUGCAUGUGCAAAUCUUAGAGUGUCCUUUUUUUGAGCUGUGCGCGCUGGUGCUCUCCUUGUCGAGUCGUGAGCAUUGUCUGGCUUGGACAGGCUGCUUGAAACCAGGUCCUUAGCUCUGCCAUGGGUGCUGUGGCCUCGCCGUCGCUACGCCGGCUGCAGGAACUUCCCAUCAGGUUGCCUCACUGCCACCCCCUCCCUUUUUUUUUUUUUUUUAACAAAACAAAUGAGGAACUGACUUCACUCCUGGAAUCCAGGGUUUUUUUGUUGUCUCAAGCUCCCGGGGUUUGUAAUUCUUGGUAGGGUGGAAAGAGAGAGGGGAUGUCCCUGGAGCUGAGCUGGGUGUCGGAGGUGGAGCAGGCACUGCCUGGCUGGAAGGAGAUGGGACAUGGGGAGCUGCAGGAAUGUGAUUCCCAAAUCCACCAUCCAGGCACCCCCGGGGCCGGGGCUGCUCUGCACCUCCCAGAGGCACUCGGUGCCCAGCGGGGUCCGACAGUGAGGUGCAGGUUUGGAAAUCCCAUCUUUUUUUUUUUUUUUUUUUUAAUAUACGUAUAUAAAUAUCUCAUAAUCUGGAAAUGGCUGUGUAUAACUCGUGGGGUGGGGGGAACUGCAUGAAUUUUCUUUCGAUGAAAAGCCAGAUCAGGGUGAGUUUGACUGUUGUCUGCAGCAGCUGAGGCCGGGGUCUGUCGUUCGAGGCAAUCUGGGAAGUGCUGGUUGUGUGGUGGUUAGGUCAGUAUCUAUGGUAUAGAACUCUGAAGCCAUAAAUUUUAACUGGAGUGGUUUUGAUUAUUAUUUUUUUUUAUUAUUAUUAUUAUUAUAAUUAUUUCAUGGGAGGGUCUGGAUUUUAACUUUUUUUAAUGUUGUUAAUUCUUUAUAAGAGAAGAAAAACCAAUCUAUAAUUAUUACCUCUUGACCUGUUUGUUUGUAAAGAAAUCACUGCAAAAAAAAAAAAAAAAAAAAAAAAAAGGAAAAAAAAGAACCCAAUUGCACACAGCUCGAUUUACACUGGAACUGUUUCUACUCAAACCUUGCGCCUGCUCCGUGAGGGGAGGUUUCAUCUCUGCUCCGGCCACCGGGGUUAAACUUUUUUGUUUUUUGGAACACUCUGUUCUUGCUGUCUGUGUAUCCGUCCGUGUGUCCGUCCUCCCCAAGACUCCCCCAGUUGUCUGUGAUGUUGUGUAAAGUGAGGAGUGUGUUUUGCCUCGUGUUGGGAGUCGUUCUGCCUCCUCCUCCCGGUGGAGUUUGGGGCCAGGUGGUGCGGAGCUGUGGUGGGACCCGUGUCCGUGUCCUCAAUGUCCAGCUUUCCCUUCCUUCCCUUCCCUUCCUUCCCGGUUUGUCCGGCCUCGGAUCUCAGGCCGAGGUUCCCGUGUGUCUGUGGAACAUUUAUCUUCUUUAACCAAACCCUUCUGCGUUCAGAAACCAAGGUGGUGGGUGGGCUCUUCAGCUGCUCUAACAGGACCCUGCUGGGUUGGGGACAAAGUCUUGGAGACUGUGACAUUAAACUGCCAUAGGAAAGCCCCCCCCCCAUGCCGGUGGGUCCGUCUGCUGCCCGUCCCCCUGCCAACCCCACGGGCUCCAGUGUCCCACCACGAGUCUCCGGUCCCCGUUAACGGCGCGGGGUCUUCUCCAGGGCACCGCAUCAGCUGCGUGACCCGCACCCACCCGCUCCCCCCACCCCCAAACUGUAGCCACAACAUGCAUCUGCCUCAGCGCUAAACCAAACAGCGGUUCGGGCCGGAGAGGGUCCCCCGGGGGCGAGGGGCAGGACAGGGAACCCCCCCCCCCUACAAGAGAGAAGACUGGUUUGUAGAGAGAUGCCAAAACCAGGGUGGAUCGGCGCCAGGAACGCUGAUUAUGUAGCAUUUACACAGCACUUUUCACACAAAAGCCGUGCCGGGAGGAGCGGUGCUCACGCAGCUGAGGGGCAGCAAACACAGGAACGUGCCCAACUCCCAAAAUGUUGGUGGCAGCAGCCGGGGAAAAAUGUCCCAGUAUGGGCAGUUGAGGAGAAGAUGCCACCAGCAGGGCCGGGGGGUGCCGGGGGGGCUGGUGGUGCUGGGGGGAGGCAGGUACGGCGCAGGGUGGACCCGUGGUACGCUGGCUUCAGAAACAGAUUCUCUUGGUACUUAUCUGACCCUUUUUAUUUGUUUCGUUUUGUAUAUUUUAUUAGAAACGGACUGUAAAAUAGCCACUUAGACACUUUACCUCUUCAGUAUGCAAAUGUAAAUACGAUGUAAUAUAGGAAAUCUUUUGUUUAAUAUAAAAACAAGGCUGUCGAUUUCUGCUGUACAUUAUUAAAAGUUUGUUUUAUUCA